AUGUUGUCAGAUUUACUAACAUCUCUUUCAUCUAAUCCAUAUUUUGGUGCUGGUGCUGGUCUCAUUGGUAUAGGCACAGCAUUAGCUAUACUUCGUCGUUCAUCUCAAUAUGGUUUAAUAUUUUUUCGUCGUCAAUUUAUGAUAACUCUUGAAGUACCAAAUAAUGAUAUAAGUUAUAGUUGGUUAUUACAAUGGAUAUCCCAUCAAUUACGUGAUUCAAGUCGUCAUUUAAGUGCUCGUACAACAUUAAUUAAAAAUGAUGAUCCAGCAUCACGUAUUCACGCAUCAUAUACAUUUGUUCCAUCGGUUGGUACACACUAUUUUCGUUAUAGAGGAAAAUUUAUUAAAGUUGAACGUACACGUGAACAAAUGAUUAAUUCCGGUGUACCAUUUGAAUCGGUACAAUUAACUGCAUUUGGACAAGAUCGACAAAUUUAUAUUGAUAUGUUAGAAAAAGCUCGUGAUGCUGCAUUAUUAGCUAAUGAAGGCAAAACACUUGUUUAUGUUCCAACAAUUAAUGACUGGCGUCUAUUUGGUCAUCCAAGACGAAAACGACCAUUGAAUUCAGUUAUACUGGAUAAAGGAAUUCUUGAAAGUUUAAUAAAUGAUGUUGAACAUUUUCUUUCCAAUCCAGCAUGGUAUAUCGAUCGUGGUAUACCUUAUCGACGUGGCUAUCUCCUAUAUGGACCGCCGGGUUCAGGAAAAACAUCAGCUAUUAUGGCUCUUGCAGGUUUUUAA